AUGGAUGCAGCCUUAAUAAUAUCUUUAUGCCAUUUUCUAACCUACCGCCUCUCGGCUAAUCUUCCCGAUCCUUCCAUAGUCUUCCUUAUCUCUGCUCAAACCCACCGCCUCUCAGAAAAACACCACCGCCCUCCCUCCGCCUCAACUGUGAUGGAAGAAAGGGGCUGCUCCGGUACCAUAGGGUUAUGCCUUUUUGUUCCCGAUCCUUCCGCUCACUUUAUCUUCCUCAGCACGCCUUUUUGUUCCCGAUCCUUCCGCUCAGUUUAUCUUCCUCAGCACAAACCUCCGACACCCGAACGAAAUAGAAGAAGAAUAUGUUCGACACAACCACGACAAGUUGUCUCAGAACCGGAUUUUUUCCCAAGGUUAUAA